CUUAAAACUAGUUUGAUAUACAUUAUGUAUACUAUGCAGAUUAUUAAACGUUUAUUUAAAUUUAGUUACAGAUAUUGAAUUUGAAGAAAUUACUGAUUUUGAGACUGACACAAUGGAGGUGCCGGUUUUGUCAGUGCAAGAGGUGAUUGCAGAUGUUCACCACACUCCAAACAGAAAUGUCAAACAAGCAACUCAGGCGUCUAUGGAUGAACAUCAAGCAGCGCCAGAGGGAUGGCCUCACUAGAGAGAGGCAGCGGGGCCAGAGGGUGGCCCUCACUAGACAGCGGCAGUAUCGCCUUGGCACCGGAGGAGGGCCCUCGAUUUGUGAUCCUGCCAUUGACCCAGAUGUGUCGCAGGUGGCACCAGCGUUAAUAGUAGGGAUCGAAAAUGCUAUGGAGACCGACACCACUCAAGAAAAUACACAUGACGGCAUAUUCAUAGAUUCCCAGCCUGUCUCAGAAACCACAUACGAAUCCCCCUCCCUUCAUCCAUACCCCAACUGUUUCCACACCCAAUACAGUUGUGGAAUUGGCACUGGUCCACCGUCCUCAGUCACCACCGGCACCUACUCCACUAUCUGCUCAAACUCCACUACCACCAUAAGCUGCACAAUCUUUCCAAAAAACCAAAAAUAGUUUAUUGGAAAAUGACUAUAAACAGAGACAGACACUGGCUGAGAAAAUUAACAAAUAUUAAUUAAUGUUGCUUGAGCAGAAAAUUAGAGAGGCUAAGGCAAAAGCUGAUUUAGCGGAGCUGAAUUUGCGUACAGCAGGUAAGGCCCAUUAUCACAAUUAUGCUUUGGAUGCACAAUUUGCUGGAUAGUCUCGAACUUUGACGUGGAUGGAACAUAGUGGUCACAACCACCGCUCAAGCAGCAAAAGAUCUGAGAGAGAAACUGGCAGCCAAAUAUGGACACAGAGUCAAGUCACGGGUGGUACUAUGGCAUUAUUACUAGCAAAUGGUACUCAAGAGGGCGAAUCGUGUAAACGCCUUAUGGUGGACGAAGCCCUCAGGAACCAUUUUGGGUCCAUAGUGUUGGCAAUACAAGUAGCUCGCGCCAGUGAAACACUCCUCAUAGGGGACAUCAAUCAACUGCCCUACAUUGAGCGGAACAACCUAUUUAGGCUAAUGUGGGUAAUGAUCCUCAUGGCAAUGUGUGUGCGUGGGCGUAUUGCUGAAUAUUGGUCAUUGGGAGUUACGUCCAUGGCAAAUUUCAGAAGUUUGAUGUCCAUUAACCGAUUUUUACUCUUGUUAAAGUUUCUACUCUAUGUCGAUAAUGACAGCGUUAUAGGGCACGGUGGGAUAAAACAGUAGGUAGGGAAAGUGAAGGUAAUCAUCGACAAUUAACAAUUCAAAUAUACGCCUUGCAGGGAAGUAGCUACACAGGACUAGA